UCAGCGCCGAAUUCAAGUUGGAAUGCUCAAUCGAGCAGUUCUCAACGUUUCACUGGAGUUUUAGCGGAAAAUUUAGAAAGUUAAGCUCCGUUUUUAUGGAUUAUGGUCUGCGAGGAACCGAUAAGGGCAUCUAUAUGGCAUGCUUUGGGUCAUUAUGCCUAUGAAGAUGCAAUCUUCCUUGCUGAACGACUUUUUGCAGAAGUUGGCUCUGAUGAUACUUUGUACCUUCUGGCAACAUGUUUUUAUCAAGCUGGUUACUGUAAGAGAGCAUACUCUUUGCUCCAAAGCAAAGGCUGUCCAACUCCGCUCUGUCGAUUUCUUUUUGCAAAAUGCUGCAUGGAAUUAGACAAACUGGCAGAAGGUGAAAUGGCCCUGACUGGAGGAUGCCUGACGAACAGCAAACCUCUAGAGACCAUUGCUUCUGAGUUUGGUUCUGCAGCAGGUUAUGGACUGGCUCUCUUGGGGCAAAUAUGCAGGAAAUCAGAACAGUUUGCAAGAGCGGCAGAAUGCUUUAAAAGUAGUUUGAAGUAUAAUCCGUUUUUAUGGAGCUCCUUUGAGAAUCUAUGUCAGCUAGGAGAGAAGCCAGAUGCAGCAGAUUAUUUUAAAUCAUCUUCUUGUCCCAAAAUCACGUCUUUCAUUUCAAACAGAGAACAUAUGACAAUAGGGUCCCCCACUGUUACCAUGGAUACAACAAGUCCAUCAGACAAUCAGCGACGAAAUGUUGACACAGUAUCCUCUGAAAAUCUCGACCCCUCACACAACAAAACUCUGCAGAACAUUAGCAUGUUAAUUUCAUCCAGACCUGGCUCUCUAGAUAUGUCUGGUAGCAGUUUCACUGUGCCAUCAUCUGCUGUUAGUGUCAGUGAAAAAAGAAUGCGUCAGAAGGUUGGAAGGAAUCUGUUAGGAGCUGCGCAGUCAGCAAGUCCCUUAACUCCGAGGACCGAAGACCAAAGAGUGCAAGAGUAGCGUCUCCUUCACAUAGAACUGCUGUUAGUAAUGUUGUGAGAAAGACUCGACGGCAAACCAGAAGUUCCACUCCUCAGCCAUUAGCUCCCUGUGUUGAGAAUGUGAUCCAAGAAGGGUCAUCUACACAACAAAGCAAUGAAGGGAGGGGUCAGGCAAAGUUGUCACCUGUCCAGGGUGGUAUGGAUGGGUUAAUGGCACUUUUGAAGCAAAUAGGACAGGCAUAUGUGCAUCUUAGUUCCUAUGAAUGCAAGCAGGCAUUGAAUGCCUUUUCGUCAUUGGCACCGCACCAUUACAACACAGGAUGGGUGUUGACUCAAGUUGGCCGGGCCCACUUUGAACUGGCGGAGUAUCAGCUGGCUGAGAAAGUUUUUGCCAAAGUGAGACAACUAGAACCGUACAGAAUUGAAGGAAUGGAAAUCUAUUCCACGACAUUAUGGCAUUUACAAAAUGAGGUGUCCCUCUCGGCUCUGGCGCAAGAAUUGGUAGAAACCCACCGUACCUCCCCUCAGGCUUGGUGCGCUACCGGCAAUUGCUUUAGUCUACAAAAAGAACAUGAUACUGCCAUCAAGUUUUUCCAGCGCGCCGUUCAGGUCAACUCAACUUUUACUUACGCUUACACGCUGCUGGGACACGAGUACGUUCUCACGGAAGAACUUGAUCGAGCCAUGUCGUGUUUCCGCCAGGCUGUCAGGACAGAUUCGCGGCACUAUAAUGCAUGGUAUGGAAUUGGUAUGAUAUAUUACAAACAGGAGAAGUUUAACUUAGCUGAAAUCCAUUUUAGAAAAGCUUUGUCAAUAAACCCAUCAAGUUCUGUGCUGUACUGUCAUGUCGGAGUGGUGCAACACGCAAUGAAGAAAUCUGAUGCCGCGCUUGUUACCAUCAACAAAGCCAUGAAUAUUGAUCCGAAGAAUCCGCUGUGCAAGUUUCAUCGCGCUUCAAUUUUAUUCUCAAUGGAUAAACAUAAGGAGGCGCUGGAAGAACUCGAGGAAUUAAGGAAAAUUGUGCCUCGAGAAGCUUUAGUUUACUUUUUACUUAGCAAGGUUUACAAAAAACUUGGGGAAAAUCACUUGGCACAGAUGAAUUUCUCGUGGGCGAUUGACUUGGAUCCGAAGGGUGCAAACAAUCAAAUUAAAGAAGCCAUUAACAAGCGAUAUCUCCCGGAUGAUGACGACACAACCAUGGGACUUGACACCGCUGAUACUAUGGAUCAAUCUGUGGGCGUAAACGAACUCUCUGACGAAGACGAGGAUUAGAUUGUAAACGAACCUAAAAGAGCUGCUUUUGAACUGUGGGUUGAAAUAUAGGGACUGUAUUUGAUUUUGAACAUUAGGAAAAUGAUUUUCAAAUGAAAUUUGCCUUCGAGCUUCAUUAAAAGAGAGUUAUGCUCCAGAAACUAAAUGAUUAAGUAUUAUUAAGUUUGCUAGUUGAUUGUCGUGUACACUUUGAAAUGUUGCGGAUGAAAACGAUAUGGUCUCUGGAGCAUACUUCUCCUUUUGAAAAUUUUUUUAACGCGGUUUUGCAUCAAUUGGAAUCUCCGUAUGUUUAUACGAAGCUUAUAGGAGCGAAACGACCCUGGAAAAUAUCAGGCUACUUGUUUCAUGGUACACUUUUUGUCACUGAGAUAUCUUCAUGAAGCAAUUUUCAACUGGUUGUCAUAAAGGAGCAAGCAGUUAUGCCAUUGACACAGAUAUCGAGAAAUUAUGAGUUUGAGAGUAAAAUUCUCAUUGUUUUAGUAUUUCUAAUCACUCUCGCUCUAAGUCGAUUAUUAUCUAGAGAAGUGAUGCUUGGGGAAAAUAUCCGGGAGAUUAGCCUCGAUGCGACGUGAAACGGUGGGGUAGGGAGGACUGGGCGACUUGCUCCAGUAUCACUCCUUGAUACAAGAGGUGGCUGCUUAUGGGGAAUUGUAUCGCUAGCUAACAGCAAGUAAAAGAAAUUAAACUAUUAAUUAGAUAUUGGAUGUUUUAUAAAGUAAUUAAUUUAGGUUUGAUAUCGGAAGAGAGACUUACGUCGCAUGUAUCAUAUAACAACAUGCAUCAAUUUAAUGUGUAUUUUUUAUGAUUGCAAUUCACAAUUUGUCGACUUUCGUCAUCAAUAACAAGUUGUUUACGCCAGCUUAAAUGCGGUACCAUUGUUAUUGAUUUAUCUCGUUGAUUAAAUUUGGACACAACUUGGUUAAA